AUAAUGCCAAAAAACUAACUUUUGAAGUAAUUGUCUACACAUCACUUCAAAUAAAUUGAAAAUUUACCACGGUUACUAUUAUUUCCAUAAUUCAAGUAUAUUAUUUCCUAUAUAACGAAGGAAAAUAGUUUUCAUAACCGGCAGAUACAUAGUGCCUGCCGAAAUUCCGCCAAAACUCAAUAGAACUCGCACAUCGUUCGUAAGGAGCGGUUCAGUAUAGACCUCUCAUUUUCAGUAGAGGCUGCUGUGACGAAAAGAUUUCCAGGCAUAGACUUAUUGUGUUUUGAAGAAUUUAAGUUAUUAUUUCGCAAAAAAGAUGUUUUCGUUUUGUUUAAUUUUUUUUUUACAAGAAAUUUUGCUUUAUUCAUUAUAAAUUUGUAUUCGACUAAUGUUUGAUUGUUAAAAAGUAGAAAACGAAAUUUGAACACUAAAAAUUAAAAUGCAUAUAUAUAUUAAAUGAAAGCUUUCUUGAUUUAAACGUUUCGUCGUUGUAAUUUGUCCUGAUGGCUCUACGAAACAAACUGAAAAUAUACUCUUUUCGUACUUUUAUUACUGAUCAAAGUUUUUUUGCUAAAUGGUUUAAGUGAAAGCUUCAAAAUUAAGACUGUCAAAGAAAAGUUUUGUUGAACAAAGAUCCACAAUAACCUGCCACUUGUCAGAAAGAACCCCGUCUCCUUUGCAUUCAAUAACACCAACUAUAUCUGGGACCAAAUUUAGAGAAGAACAACAACGUCAAAUUAAUAUGACAGUGUCAGUAGCAAAUGAUAAUAAUCAACAAAAUACAAUAACAACAACAACAACUGUUAAGUCAGCAAUGAUGUCAUUAGCAAUGCGUCGUUCUUCUAGUCCAGGAAAUUCAAGUGGAUCAGAUAACGAUACGAUUAAUAAUUCUUCUGCUGCAACAGCAUUACGUCGUUUAUAUUUCAAAAGCGGUAGAUGUGUAAAAACAAAAACUGCAGAUAAUAUAACACCCUUAUCUACAUCUCAAACAUCAACAGUUCCGAAAGUGGUCAUAAUGGGAACAUCUACAACUUCAGUGACAGAUAAUAAUACUUCAACAGAAUCAGCAUCAACUCUUAUUACCAACGUGACAACCACAGAUACUGAAACCAAUGGUUCACUUGAUAUUGGCGACACAUCCGGACAAAGUGAACCACUUUUAAGUUCAUUAGAUGAACCAAAUCAAACAUCAACGUCAGUUGGGUCAGACCAAGAAAUAACCGAGUUGGAAUUGACAUGUGUUUAUUCAAAAGAAGAUGUCUUGGCACUUGAUAAUCUGGAGGAAGAAUCAUCUUUAACAAUCCAACAGCAACCAUCGCCGGGAAUUCCCAAAACAGCACCCAGUAUAUCCACAUCAUUUAUUCAUUUUCCAUUCGAUCCGCCAUCAUCCCCACGAAGUGUGAAAACAAUUCAGAAAGACGAAAGUUUAUUUACAUUCAAGGAAGCUGCUACGUAUUUAGAACAACAUAAACAACAGAAACAGCGAUUAAAACAACAUCUGCAUAAUCAUAGCCAAAAACAUAUAAAAGAGUUUAUUCAAUUUGAAUCUAGUAAUCCGAUAACAGAAAAAAUAGCACACAAAAAAUUUACAAAAUUAUCACAUAAAAAAUUUCCUGAAGAAGAAGAACUUAAUCAUAAUCGGCAGAAUAAAAAGGAACUUCAUCAGCAACAAAAUUUUGGACAAUCAAAACAAAACAGAAAAUUAUCAGUAAAUAGUUGUUAUGACUAUGAAAACGGUGAUAGAAGACCAUCCACAAAAUCUGUGUCUAGUUUCUGGAGCUGGAAUAUGGAACACGAAAAAGAGAACAAAAAACGUAAGGAAAGUUGUUGUUCCGCAAAAUAUAUUAUUAGUAGUAAUCAAAGACCUUGCAAAACUGCACAUGAGUUAAUAUGUGAUAUGAAUAACUUUAGCAAUGGAUUUGAUGAUGUUAAAAAACAGAGAAAAGACAAUAACAAAUUGCAAACCAAAAACAUUAAUAAAUUUUCUGACAAAAAAUUAAGUCCAAAACAGCACGAUAAAUAUCGUUACAAUAGUAAAAUAAAUUCAGCUUCAGCUAUAACAGCAAUAAAAAAAAAAGAUAAAUAUUCCGUUGACAAUGGAGACAAAUAUGAUCUAAAUGAUUUAACAAUGUUCCCUUUCGAUAAAGAAGCACUCGACUAUCAAAGAAUUCAACGAGAAUGCUUUACAGUUGAUAAUGAUUAUGAAGAUGGCGAAACACAAAAUUCUUUAUCUAAUAAGUAUUAUUACAAUUUUGAGGAAAAUUCAAGCAGUACGGAAACAUCGAGCGAAAGUGAAAAAUCUAUCUACAGAGGAAAAGUCAUUAACGAAUCAGCAUCAAAAUUGAAUAAAUAUAAUAAGACUGAUAUAUUUCAACAGUACACCUUACUAUCACAACAAGAAGCAACAAAUCAACACCACCAAUCGCAAGAGAAGAAACGCCAACAUUCAAAGCAACGUAACCGUCCAGAUUACACACUUCAAAAAACAAAAUAUGAUCAUAUAAUAGUAACUACAACUUUAUCACCAACAAACAAAAACGUUGUGGACGCAGCAUUUAGUCCUGUUAAACCACAAAUUCCAAAAAACACUGAAAGUAACAGUUCAAUAUCACCACGUUCAAUUAAGGAUUUAAAUAAUUUUGAUGACAUAUCAAACAAAUUUGACAAAAUUGUUGUAAAAGAACAAUAUCAAUCACCGGCGACCAACGCUCUUUUUGAAUAUGAUGAAAAUCAUCUUUCGAACAUAAAAUCAUCGCCAUCUCAAAAUUCACUUCUUCCUCGAGUUAUUGAUAGUCUAAUAGCUCAGGGGUCCAAUAGUUGUGUGUCCAACGAUCUCAGUUCUUCCGUCUACCAUCGUCUCCAACAUCAUUCUGAACAACAAGAACGAAAUCAUCAACUAGAAGAAAAUAAUAUUCCUAAUACCAACAUGACUGUAAUAACCAGAACAACAGCCUCAACAUUGACACAUUGUACAUCACCAUUAGCUGAUUUUCAUGUAGAUGUUUUCUUGGAACCAUUAAAUAGAAAACAGCAACAUCAAAAGGAACAACAAGAAAAAGAACAACAAGAAAUGAUGGAAAAUUCUCAACAACAAAAAGAGUCAUCUUUGUUAUCAACAUCACCAGUAUGUCACAUAUUAACAAUUUCCAAUAAUAAACAAAAACUAGAACAGCAGCAAGAACUGCACGACAAUUUGGAAGAAUGCCAAAAACAUUCACAAAAUACUGGACCUAUAAAUGUAACACCAAAUCCAAUGGAAGUGGCAGUCUGUACGCAACCGCGAGCUACUAUAGUCGUUCAACAACCUUCCCUCAGUUUGGAUAAUACUGUUGAAACAAUGUUAUUGAAAAAUGAAGGGGAUUUUGAAAGCGUUGAAAAAACUCGAAAGUCUUCGAAACAUUCUUUCAAAGACGAAAAUAAUGUGAGGCAAUUAUUAGAUGUUACAAAUACACUAACAUUUGAGGAAUUACGUGAUUUUGAAAUGAGAUAUGGUUCACCGCACCAUUGCCGAUCGCAAUCGGUUAAGACACCCAGAGCAUCUGGUAGACCAAAUCAACUAAGUUUACCACAACAAAGAUCAAGAGUUGCUUCCAUGCCGAAUACAGGAGUUGAAGAGGAGUAUUAUAGAUUAAGGCAUUUUUCAAUAACAGGAAAAGGAAUAGUUAACAGAGGCGAUUCAUUAAAAAGUCGUCGUAGUCGCUCAAAUAACAGUGUUCGAUCAAAUAAUAGCUCCAAUUCUAGCACCGAACAUUUAACUGCCACAAUUCAGGGAAUACCACCAUGUGUUGGUUCAGCAAGAACAUCAGCAACAUGCAGUUUAGCUUCAAGCAGAGAAAGUAGCACAUCAAAUCCAGGAAGUGGUCCUUAUAGAGUACUAAUGUUAGGCGGUCCAGCUGUAGGAAAAACUUCUUUAAUUUCACAAUUUAUGACUUCAGAAUAUUUGCACGCUUAUGACACAAGCAUAGAUGAUGAAUCAGGUGAAAAAUCUGUCAAUGUCUUACUAAACGGCGAAGAAUCCGAAUUAAUAUUUAUUGAUCUUGCUAGCACAGAAAUUUCGCCCGAAAAUUGGCUAUCAAACUACGAUCCUCAUGGCUAUUGUAUAAUAUACUCAUCAGCAGAUCGUGAUAGCUUUAGUCUUGCUGAAUUAAUUUUACAAUCACUUUGGACAACAGAGAAUAUUGCGCAAAAGGCUGUUAUAUUAGUAGGUAACAAAGCAGAUCUAGCUAGAAGUCGAAUGAUAACGUCAGAUGAGGGAAAAUCUAUGGCAACAGCAUAUGACUGUAAAUUUAUCGAGACAUCCGUUGGUAUUAAUCAUAAUGUAGAUGAACUUUUAGUUGGAUUGUUAUCACAAAUUCGUUUAAAAUUAGAAAAUCCAGAAAAGUCAAGGGAUUUAUUUAGAAAAAGAUCGUCGAGGAGAAAUAAAAGGGCAUGUUCGCCAUUAGGCGUUCCUUGCCUUAGUGGUGCUAAUAAUCCAAGCAAUCCAAGUUCCCCUAUCGGGCCUAGUCCGACUAUAACAGAUGGAACACCACCACGUAGUAUUCAAUGCAGUCCACGUAAGUACAGAGGAUCCAGAACAUCAGCCAGUCUUAAGGUAAAAGGAUUACUGGGAAGAGUAUGGGCUCGAGAUUCAAAAUCAAAAAGUUGUGAAAAUUUACAUGUUUUGUAAAUUGGAAAAAAAUUUUUGUUAAAAUCAAUUACAUCAAUAUUAUUUGUUUUUAGUUUUAAAAAACUCCCAUAUAGCAUUAUCAGAAACAGAGAACAAAUAAAUUAUUAUUUUUUUCUAAAUAUUAUUAAGAAAAAGACAUUUUUUAAAUUAUGUUAGGUAACACAAAAAAAAAUAUACCGUAUUAAUCCCUAGUUAAAAAUUUUUGUUAUUUAAUAAAAAAAUAUUUUAGCAUAAAUAUUUGAGUGUUAAAAUGUAUUAUUUAGUUCUAAAAUCAAUAUUAAAAAGAAAAAAAUAAAGUAAUUUAUUCUAAGACUAAUUUAGAAAAAAAUCGACAAUAUUUUUUAGAAAAAUACGAUAAGUUUUUUGUUAUUUGGCAUGACCCAAAUUAUGAUACUGUGAAAGUAUUGAUUUUUUUGAACAAGAGUAUUAAAUUGCUUUUAUUAAAGUAGAUACUGUUAGAAAUUAAAAUUAAUUUAACAAAGUUUGAAAAGUUAAAAGUGAAAGAAAAUGGGUAGUAUAAAAUAAUAAAAUAAAUGCACGUUACAUAUUCAAUACUUUUUUACAGUUACAAUAUAUGCUUAAUUAUUUUAUUAUCAAUAUAAUUUUUAUCUGCAAGUCUCAGAAUGUAAAGUUAGCAAUAUACGAUAAAAUGAUGUAAUCAAGAAUGUAUAAAAUUAUUGCAGCUUUAUUAUACUCCAUAAGUUAAUAAUUACCUACUUUCAAAUUAGCUUAAUCGUGUGAUGAAAAUAGCAGAAUCUUAUAAUACGAGUAUAUAUUAAAAAUAGAGAAAUUUUAUAUUUCUCUAUUUUUUCUUAGAAUAGAAUAGAAUAGAAUAAGUUUUUUCUUAGAAUAGAAGAAAAUGAAAAUAUAAAUAUUGAGACAUAAACUUCAUUAAUCACGAUUUUUGUUUAUUUAGUUUUUAUAACGUAAUUGUUAUAGUUUUACAGUUUAAGUAUUUUGUUUUAGUUUAAAAAUGUAAAAGAUUAUAUUUUUAACUUAUUUUAUAAUAUUUCAAUAUUAUUUUUUUAUGAAAAAAAUAUUUUACUUUUAUAUACAUAAUAAUUUUGUUUUAUCUUCUUUACAUAAUUUUAACCUUUUUUAUACAUUUAGAAAAUUAGCAACACAUUAUUGAACUUAAAAAUCCUACUUGCAACUACUUUCAGGCUGGCUCUUUAAUCAAAAUGCCCGGCAUAACUCAUGAAGAUAAGAAUUGUCCCGUAAUGUAUAAACUAAUUAUGUACCAUUCAAGUUUAAGUAUGGGCACCAGGGGUUCCUUACAUUAGGUCUGUUUGGGAUGAAACUUGGAAAAAUUUUAAAAAGAGAAACAAUAACAAAAUUUCUCGUAAAAAGAAAAAAAAUUCUCAUUUAAAAAAAAAAUAAACCAGGCGAAAAACUUGAAAAAACCUUU